CGAGUUAAGUUUCUAUUGACUUAUAAAAUUGGCAGCUUGCCAGGCCGGGCCAUACAGGAAGACUUUAUUAAACCGUUGACUGUCGCUAUUUAUUCGGACGGAUUGAUAGAUAGAAGACACGAAUUCCUAAAAUGGGAGUCGAUAUUCAAUCGUACCCAGUUCGCAUUGGAACAAACAUAUUUGCUCACGGGACUGACGUUGUCUUGCUGCAAUGCUGUGUCAUCAUCUCAGCGGGACUGAAUGCAGUUGGAGCCAUUACAUUCAUAGUUAUGCUGCUUCUGAUGGCGGGCAUUGAACCCAACCCGGGACCUCCAAAGAAAGACUGGCAAGCGCAUUCUGACAAGGAUUCAACGAAGAGUCCCCUCGAAGCGCACUUUGUACGCUUUAGGGCAAUAAACCGAUCGCGAAAACUACAGGAAAACAUGCGACCUCAAUGCAGGUUGACCAGAAAUUCAAUAGAAGUAUCUACAAAUGAGGUUGAAGACUUGCAAGCCCAAUCUGACGAGGAUUCAGCGAAUAAUCCUCCCCUUGGAGCGCACUUUGUACGUCUUAGGGCAACAGACAUGCAACCUCAACGCAGUGUGAUCAAAAGUUCAGAGGAAGUCUCUACAAAUGAGGUUGAAGCACAACAGAAAAAAACGAAUGUCUCAGUCAAGCCCAAAUCCUUGAGUACGAUGGAUGACCCUAAAACCAGUAAAAAGGUGUCGGAAAUACCAGCCAUGACUACACAAGAACCGAAACCGAAUGUUUCAGUCAACCAACAAUCCUCUUGUUCGAUUAUUUAUGCUAACCCAAAUAUCACGGAAUCACAAGUACCAGUUCUGUUCACAGGCAAAAAAAUGGAACGGCGAUCACAAGCGUCUCCGUUGGACCAACAUAACCCUGAUGUUUCGAUGCAAAAAGUAUCAGUGCCAAAGGCUCCUCCUGUUCGACAACCACGCGCUUAUCAAUUAUAUGCUGCUCGGGUUUAUAAAAAGGAGUCGGCAGUUCAAGGAUCCAACGGUCCAGCGAUGGGUGACAUGGCGGAGAGCGCCGCCGUCACCGCUGACAUCGCCGGGACGGAGGAAGUGGUCAGCCAGAGGAGUACCGAUACCACUAAACAUCAGUCGGAACAGACCGCGCUCGUCGUCAUUCCAUCGGAUGUUACCGUGUAUAAGGGAUCCCCAACAAAAGCGAUGAGUGACAUGACAGAGAGCACCGACGUCACCGGUGCCAUCGCCGAUACGAAGGAAGUGGCCAGCCAGAGGAGAAUCGGUACCCCUAACUAUCAGUCGGAACACACCGCGCUUGAUGUUAUCCCGCCGGAUGUUACAAAGUAUAAGGGAGCCCGGACAAAAAGAUCCGACGGUCCAGCGAUGGGUGACAUGGCGGAGAGCGCCGCCGUCACCGCUGACAUCGCCGGGACGGAGGAAGUGGUCAGCCAGAGGAGUACCGAUACCACUAAACAUCAGUCGGAACAGACCGCGCUCGUCGUCAUUCCAUCGGAUGUUACCGUGUAUAAGGGAUCCCCGACCAAAGACUCCGACGGCCCAGCGAUGAGUGACAUGACAGAAAGCACCGACGUCACCGGUGCCAUCGCCGAUACGAAGGAAGUGGCCAGCCAGAGGAGAAUCGGUACACCUAAACAUCAGUCGGAACACACCGCGCUUGAUGUUAUCCCGCCGGAUGUUACAAAGUAUAAGGGAGCCCGGACAAAAAUCACAACAUCACCACCGACAAAACCGAAUGUAGCAGUCAAGCCCAAAUCCUUGAGUACUAUGGGUGACCAUGAAGACAGUAAAAAGGUGUCGGAAAUACCAGCUAUGACACAACAACCGAAACCAAAUGUUCCUGUCAACCAGCAAUCCCCUUGUUCGAUCAUUGAUGCUAACACCAAUAUCACGGAAUCACAAGUACCAGGUUUAGGGGCAACAGACAUGCAACAACCUCAACACAGUGUGACCAGCAGUUCAAAGGAAGUCUCUUCAGAUGAUGUUGAAAGUAAAGGUUUAAGGGCAACAGACAUGCAACAACCUCAAAACAGUGUGACCAGCAGUUCAAAUGAAGACUCUUCAAAUGAUGUUGAAAGUAAAGGUUUAAGGGCAACAGACAUGCAACAACCUCAACACAGUGUGACCAGCAGUUCAAAGGAAGUCUCUUCAGAUGAUGUUGAAGUGCCAAAGGCUCCUCCUGUUGGACAACCACGCGCUUAUCAAUUAUAUGCUCCUCGGGUUUAUAAAAAGGAGUCGGGUGUUCAAGGAUCCAACGGUCCAGCGAUGGGUGACAUGGCUGGGAGCGCCGCCGUCACCGCUGACAUCGCCGGGACGGAGGAAGUGGUCAGCCAGAGGAGUACCGAUACCACUAAACAUCAGUCGGAACAGACCGCGCUCGUCGACAUCCCAUCGGAUGUUACCGUGUAUAAGGGAUCCCCGAUAAAAGACUCCGACGGCCCAGCGAUGAGUGACAUGACAGAAAGCACCGACGUCACCGGUGGCAUCGCCGAUACGAAGGAUGUGGCCAGCCAGAGGAGAAUCUGUACCCCUAAACAUCAGUCGGAACAGACCGCGCCCGUCGUCAUCCUAUCGGAUGUUACCGUGUAUAAGGGAUCCCCGAUAAAAGACUCCGACGGCCCAGCGAUGAGUGACAUGACAGAAAGCACCGACGUCACCGGUGCCAUCGCCGAUACGAAGGAAGAGGCCAGUCAGAGGAGAUUCGGUACCCCUAAACAUCAGUCGGAACACACCGCGCUUGAUGUUAUCCCGCCGGAUGUUACCAAGUAUAAGGGAGCCCGGACAAAAAGAGCAGAAACUUCCAGUCAUGAUGUAGCUGAAAACCUGUCUGCCUCAGAUGCACAUACCCAGCUGUCUAAAAGGAAGUAUCUGGGUACACAUCCUGUCCAUAUAAGUAAUUUGGUUGGGCCAGACUGGAAAGUCAGCACCCGGGCAGUAGACCACGGUCACGUACAGGACCUCCAGUCACCCUUCCAAGGGAGUUUUCAUGGGCAGCUGGUUGUUCUGUACGGCAUUGUCCAGAAGCGGAUGUUAGGCAAAGUUGAGGAGCCUGGUUCCUGCCAAAUUCAGACCAUUGGGGGGAAUCACACCCGCAUUGCGCUCCAAGAGCUGAGGAGUAAAGGUGUAGAGACACCCUCACUAGUGCAAUGCCACCUGUACUGUGAUACAAUUCCACGGGAGAACGCACUAGUCCUCGGUCUCCAUCAUGACAUGGUGCACGAAGAGUUGAGCAAGCCACUUUCGUUCCUGGAUAAGGCUAAGAUCAUGAGAGAUGUGAGGCCGGAGGACCGGGACUCAAAGAAGUGGAAGCGGAGGAUUGGCCUCAUCUUCAAGGAAGAUGUGAUGGGAAAGUUUUCCCUAUAUAUGGCAGUGGCAUCCCUGGAGGACAGCCUGUGGGAGCUUGCGGUGCGGGUGGAGGACAAGUUGUCGACUCCCAUCGUAAAAACAAUGAUGGAGGUCCUGCCCGACCGCAAGAGGGAUGCCCUUGAAGCCCUUAAAAAGGGAAUGAACAACUUCAAAAGUUUGAUUGCCAGUGUGAAGUCUGAGGAAGGGCAGGAAAAAUCCAAUAAGCGAAAGGCUGAGAAUGAUGUUGAGGUUCUGCAGGAGGAGGUUUCUGUGAGUGCAGUGGAGUCCUCACCAUCUCUUGAAUUACAAGAGUUAAGGAAACGUUACGAUGACCUCAAAGAAGCCUUCAACCGCCUGAAGGAAGAACAGUCCAUGAAAGAAGACUUCAGUGAUGGGGAGGAGGUAUCCGUCAAAAGGGUCGAAGACGGGCAGACCAUUUUGUAUGAUGCUGUUAUCAUAAAGAAAGAGUAUUACAUUAAGUAUGUGGCGGACAACCAAAGAGGUCGAGUUGGUCAGGCUUCCCUGAAGAAGAAGUAAAGGGCACAGACAGAUAUAAAACAUUUGUUUUAUGUGUAAAUAAUGUACAAAUAUAUGGUUCCUUUUCACAUUGUGCCUAUCUGUAUAAAAUACUGUUUUUCUAUUGGUUGUCAAUCAAACAGAAUAUAGUAAUUAUAUCAUUGAUUUUUAUAAAUUUAUUUAAUUUUCUGCAGUCAAUUGAAUAAAUUUGGUAAAGUUCUAUGGUAAGGUAAAAGUUGCCCAAAAUUGUUUUUGAUUGGUCAAUAUUUGUCUGAAUAUUCAUAUUAACCAAUGAAGUCAUUUACUUUUGCACUGUAGCCUAAAGAUGACCUGUGGACAAAUUAUCAAAGUUUUAUACAAUCAACUGCCCUUGUCUCAUAAUUAAAGAUAAUAAAUUAUCAUUUGUUUGGAUGCAACACUGCAAAAAUUUAUAAGAUGUUUUGCUUCAAUAAGGUAAUUGACUUUCAGCUGCAAAAGUACUAAGUUCUUAUAUACUGUAGACUGAUGAUAAAGGACAUUAUGAUUAUAAUUUGUUAAAUCUAGCUAUUCUUGCAUUAUUUUCCUGUGUAACUGAGCUGUAUUUAAACAAGGUCAUGAAAUUUGAGAUGUGAUAAUUACAUAUAUAUAUAUAUACCGGAAAUGAGUAGAAAUCCCUGUUUGGUUAUACACACUGUUGUGGUACGUUGGUCCCCCUAUUUUUCACGUGGAUCGGAGAUGAAGUUCUUUGAUGAUUAGAAAAUGGUAAAAUAUCUCAAAUGGACUUUUAAAACAGCAAAAAUCCCAUUUGCCUGAUUAGAUAAACAAUGAAAAAUGCUUUCAUACAAAAAAUUCCUCGUCUGGGAAUAGCCUUGUUUCCGGUAAACUAGAAUUUCAACGAUAUCUAAAAAAUGUUCAAUGAACAAAAUAGCACAACAACGGUUUUGGCAGACAAAUAAAAAAAGAAUGUUUAGCUUAGCAACGACUUAAAGUGGAAUUGACAGUGAAGGGACAAACAAAGCUUACACAAAAAUAGCUUUGAUUAGGGUUUAUUACACAUUUUUUAUGUAUGUUUUUUUUUUCUUUUGCAUUCUUUUAAAUCCACGAAAAGGCUUUUUACAAAGCAUAGGAGUAUAAUUCAAAGAUUAGUACUAUUCGCAGUAAGUCUGGAUACAGUUUAUGCUGAAGAUAAUGUCUGUUUGAUAACCAUGUGUACCUCAGAAUCUCUGUUUGCUCAAAACUCCGAAAACAUUCUUACACACAUUUAAAAUUGUGAAUGUUUAUCAUUCAGCUUUUGGUAUUUUAUUUGAACUCAAUAACACCAGCCACAUCAUUUUCUUUGAAUUUGACUCAGUUAAAUAAAGACCAGAAAAGUCAAUGACGUGUUUACGUAUGUAUAAACGAAUUAACCACUCCGCAAAAAGUA